AUGAGAGCUGCAGCCAUCUCUACACCCAGGGUGGACAAAAUGCCAGGAAUGUUCUUCUCUGCUAACCCGAAGAACUUGAAAGAACCUGGUCAUUCACUUCUAGACAACAAAAUGCAAAAGAAGAGGCCAAAGAAUUUUGGAAUGGAUGUGAAAGCAUACCUGAGAUCUAUGAUCCCACAUCUGGAAUCUGGAAUGAAGUCUUCCAAGUCCAAGGACAUACUUUCUGCUGAGGAAGUAAUGCAAUGGUCUCAAUCUCUGGAAAAACUUCUUGCCACCCAAACUGGCCAAGAUGUCUUUGGAAAUUUCUUGAGGUCUGAGUUCAGUGAGGAGAACAUUGAAUUCUGGCUAGCUUGUGAAGACUAUAAGAAAACUGACUCUGGUCUUUUACAUUGUAAGGCAGAGAAGAUAUACAAAGCAUUUGUGCAUUCAGAUGCCAUGAAACAAAUCAACAUUGACUUUCAUACUCGAGAAUCUACAGCCAAGAAGAUAAAAUCACCAACUCUCACAUCUUUUGAUGAAGCUCAAAAAAUCAUAUAUACACUUAUGGAAAAAGACUCUUAUCCCAGGUUCCUGAAGUCAGAUAUUUAUUUAAAUCUUCUAAAUCACCUCCAGGCUAAUAGUUUAAAGUGA